CAUGUCACACAGGUACAUGUAUUGUCAGUCUACACUCACAGGGAAGAGGAGCGCCAAACUCAGUCCUUCUCUCAACACACACACAUACCGAAACAUACCGUUUCUGUCUUUCAACAUCAGGAGACCGUCAUCAUCAUGUGGAUCUCUGUGUUUCUGAUCAGCUCAAUCCUUCACAUUACUGCAGGAAAUGAAGGCUGUACUCUGUCAGGCACUAACCAUCCACUGCAGGAGAUCACUGCAUUUACAGGCCAGUCUGUUCUCCUGCCCUGCUCCUGUACUGUACGUCAGUUUGAUACUCCCAGACUCACCUGGACUAAAUUAACCCUAGGUCAGGAGCCUGUGAUAUUAACCCAGAGUGAUCUCUACAUAGACAGAGUGGAGCUGUUAAAUAGAAAACACCCUGGGAACCUCUCUGUCCUCCUCUCACACCUCACUCAGGAUGAUCAGGGAGAUUACAGAUGUACACUCGAGGAUAGUGACAACUGGGACAUAGAGAGGGACAUCAGACUCUAUGUUAAAGGCUGCAGUUUGUCAGACUCUAACCAACUGGAGAUAGUUCGAUCCCCGGGCCAGUCUGUGCUCCUGCCCUGCUCCUGCAAUGAACUCCAGGCUAAACCUCACAAACUGACAUGGACUAAACUCCCCGCUAUACCAUUAACCAAGUGUGAUCUCUACAGAGACAGAGUGGCAAUGUUUAACACUGAGAGCUCUCCAGGGAACCUCUCUGUCCUUCUCUCAUUCAUCACUAAGGAGGAUCAGGGGUGGUACAGGUGUACAAUCAACAACCAAGACACUAGAGACAUACAUAUCACUGUUGAAGGCACAGUGAGGACGUCAGGAGAAGCUCCAUCUGCAUCCUCUCUGCAAAACAAUCCAAUCCAAUACGUCUUAAUGGCUGUCCUAGUAGUCAUACUGAUCAUCGCUGGAAUGGCUUUGUACAUAUACAAGAGAAACAAAAGUAUUUAUCCACAAUUGCAACCACUAGAUGAUCCCAAUGCAAUGCAUGCUACGGUUCAACACAGAAACGCCAACCAAGAGGAUACAACUACACCACUCUGUGCUCCAGAUGAUACCUCAGUGAUAUACUGCACCAUCGUCCACAUGACAGGAAAAGGGAAAACAGCAGUGAGUCUGGAGAACAGUGGAGAAAUAGAGUAUGCCAGUAUCAAGACAGGCAGAUCCUCCUAGAGCCACUAUACAAGGCUCACAGCCUUAUAAUACAGAGAGAUCUCUAACAUUAUUGUGCCCAGUAUCAUGAGGCUUUAUCUGGCACACUUAACUAUAAAUAUAUUUCACUCUCCAAUAACACAUGUUUAGUGGUUAACUGGGCACAGGAAAUCAGGGGCGGGUUUACCUAUGCUAACAUAUGGAAUUGUUUUAAGAUGGUGAUACUAUCGUUUAGCUACUUGUUUUUCUUUUUGUGAAGCAGAGACAUGUAUAGUGCCUUGAAUGGCUUGUGAUUUACCUAGUUCCCUUUUUAUAUUGCUGUUUUGUAAUAGAGAUGGAUGACUUCAGCCGUUUAAAAAAAAAGGGAGAUGUGGUUUGAUGUGUAUGGAAACAUCUUUCGCAAUCACUAUUGCAAGAGGUUUCAUUGGUGGCUAUUCAAACUGAUAUAUCACCCAUUUUAACAUAUGAAUCUUAUAUUUCUGCCAAAUAGCUGGUACACCUUGAAGAAUUCAUAAUCCUUGAAGUUGACAACAAAAAUGUAAAAUGUUUGUAUUUUUAAGCCUAAGUUUGUUACAGCCAACUAUCUUUGUAAAAACAACCUAUUGUCGAAACCAGUCAGUUAGCUACUUCCUCUUUGGUCUAAUGGACAAAUCACAAAUUGUUGCAUUCCUGAACAAGAAAAGCACUCUCGCAAUGUCAUCAACUGAAGUAUAUGCUUUUAAAGUGCACUAACAUGGAACGUCAUGUUAAAGUGUGUAUGUUUCUGUACAGACAGUAUCUCCAUUUGACAAAGUCAGAUUUUCCAAUUACUUACUUCAGCACGCUCCCACAGACCACAAACAGAUGGCCAUCUACAGUAUAUUUUGCAAUAUACAAAUAUACAGAUAUUUCAGGGUUUUUUUUAAAGCUAAAAACCUGUUUUUGCUUCUUCAUUAUGGGGUAUUGUGUGUAGACUGAUGAGGGGAAGAAUUAUUUAAUCAAUGUUAGAAUAAGGCUGUAACGCAACAAAAUGUGGAAAAAGUCAAGGGGUCUGAAUACUUUCCAAAUGCACUUAUCAGAUCUGUUUUUGAUAUGUCCUCAUUCUCAGCACUAACAUGUCUGUGACUUUUCCUUUUAAAGAUGAUAAUAUUAACAUGCUGAUGUAGUAGACGCUUUUAUCCAAAGCGACUAACACGAAGUAAACAUAUUUAGUAGCCUAUAUGUAGCCCAUGGGCAAGUGGCUAACCUUGUGGAUGUUGCUAACCCUAUGCUGAUAAACUCCACAAAACAA